AUGCAGAUCGACAGCAGCAUGAGGUUCAGCGAUGUGGAGCAUGCGAUCUGGGAUUGCAUACGCAGGGACGACAUGACACAUAUAAUUGAGCUGUCCAAACGCGCGUAUGGCGGUUGGAAGGCAGACGGAACGACGAUCUCUCCACUCACGCAGUUCAUGCUGGUCAAGCGGAUGUGUUCGGUCGAUGGAAUCUUGGCUGGAAUCUAUGCGACAAUGCAGACAGAAAUGCGCGGCGAUUUGGACGACUGCACCAUGCUUUUUGCGGCGCUGCUGGCGGACCAGGACGUCGGGCUGGCGGUAGAAAGGAUCGUCGACGUGAUGCUGGAGGACACCAGCUCACUGAUCCUGCAUUCAACACAUCAUGCAGCGAUAUCACAGAUCCUUGCCGCUAUCGAACCGCCAGAAUGCCCCGGGGAUACCGACAAGCUCAUGCGCUCGCUAUCAGCGCACGAUAUGGUCAAGCAGGCAUUCAUGGUAUUUCGUGACGCUGAGUCUCGGACCGCAUGGACCACCACGGGUAAAUUCACAGCCACCGAGUCAAUUUACGCAGUGCUGGCCGACAGUCUGGCACGCACCGAUGACAUCCGCGCAAUUACGUUUCUGACGCGCACUGCACUGCGAUCUGGGGUUACGGCAUCGGUGCAUUACUAUACGGCGAUCAUCUGCGGGCUGACGCGGAAAAGCAAGCCGACACAGAUGGGCGAGUUCUUUCUGCGCAAAACACAGGUCGCAGAUUCUUUGCUGGCAGAUAUGAAGCGGUGCAAUAUUAAGCGGCCAGCGAAGGUAUACCACUCGCUGAUGUAUGCGUGGGCGAUACUGAAGCAGCCAAAGCAGGUGCGCGCAUAUUUUGAGGAGCUCUGCAUGCUGCAAAGCAGUGAAUCGAGCAGCGGUAUCUUGGUCAGCGAGGUGACAUGGGGCAUACUAAUGUAUGCGUAUGUACGUUCUGGUGACGUUGCUGGCGUGAUGAGUGUUUUGCGGGAGGCUUCUGAAUGGCUCCUGUCCAGCUCUCAGCGAUCCCCUUCGGUUGUGGAUGCUGAAAGCUGUACUGAGCACGCCCGUACAAGCUAUCUGCUCAACAUGGCUAUGUCCUCGCUCCUUUCCGCCAAAGAUCCGCACACAGCACUCUCGCUGCUCGAUGAAAACAUCUCGCAGCCCACCGCUCUGCACGCUAGCUCAGGCGACCCUGUGACGCUCAACCUCAUCAUGCGUGCGCUGCUCUCGGACAACCAACUCCCAAAGGCCCUGAGCGUCUAUGACCAAAUCCACGCGCAGUAUGAGCUGCCCGAAUCGCCAUCGGAUCUAACCAUGGUGCUGCGGUACUGCAUCCAGACAAGCGAUGUCAACGGGGCAUUUGCAUUAGUUGGCCGGAUCAUGCAGACUGGUGCGUCGCUGACUGACCACCAGUGGCAUGCGUUUAUGCGACUGUGUGUGUACAAAUGCAGCCCGGAUACGGUCCUGUAUAUUUACGAUCAGAUCUGUAAGCUGGCUGGCGUUGAUGGGAUAAAGGAUGUCCCCAAGCUGCUGGUGCGGUUUCCUGAUAUCGCUGACUGGGUGUGUACGGCUAUGGAGGACAUGAAGCGGAUUGCAGAUGCACGGACUGUUCGGCGAUCGCUCUCCUCGACUGAUUCUUCAUUGCUGCUCCCGCCAGUGAAGUCUAUAGCGGUCCAAACAAACCGGGCAAAGUGCCUGUCGCUGUAUCGUGGCCUACUACGUCAAGUGCGUGGAUUUCCGAUACCGGAGAUGCGGGCCAAGCUCAAGCAUAACGCGCGGUUCACAUUCGAGCUCUACCGUGACCUACCCACGAAUGAUCCGCAGAUUGCACGGCUGGUGGACGAGGGCCAGAGCCAGAUCAAAUGGCUGCAGGGCUGGCAUGCUGACGGAGGCCAGCUGCUGGUCCGAAAAGAAUCGAGAUAG